CCCCCUUGCCGCCCGCGCAGGUACAUCCUGCUGAUGACGCUGCAGGACCGCAACGAGAAGCUCUUCUACCGCGUGCUCACCUCCGACGUGGAGCGCUUCCUGCCCAUCGUGUACACCCCCACGGUGGGGCUCGCCUGCCAGCAGUACGGCAUCGCCUUCCGGAGGCCCAGGGGCUUGUUCAUCACCAUCCACGACCGCGGUCACAUCUCCACCAUCCUCAACUCCUGGCCCCAGCAGGACAUCCGGGCGAUCGUGGUGACGGACGGCGAGCGGAUCCUGGGUCUGGGCGACCUGGGCAGCUACGGGAUGGGCAUCCCAGUGGGCAAGCUGGCACUCUACACAGCAUGCGGCGGAGUGCGGCCACAGCACUGCCUGCCCGUCAUGCUGGACGUGGGCACAGACAACCAGGCCCUGCUGGACGACCCGCUCUACAUCGGACUGCGGCACCAGCGAGUCCGCGGGGACGACUACGACGCCCUCGUCGGCGAGUUCAUGGAGGCAGCAACGCAACGGUACGGCAUGAACUGCCUCAUCCAGUUCGAGGACUUCGCCAACUCCAACGCGUUCCGCCUGCUCAACAAGUACCGCCACAAGUACUGCACCUUCAACGACGACAUCCAGGGCACGGCGGCGGUGGCCGUGGCGGGCUUGCUGUCGGCCCUGAGGAUCACGGACACGCGCCUCUCCAGCAACACCUUUGUGUUCCAGGGUGCCGGAGAGGCUGCCAUGGGCAUCGCGCACCUGCUCGUGAUGGCCAUGCAGAAGGAGGGCACCGCACGGGAGGCCGCCCUCGACAGGAUCUGGAUGGUUGACUCCAAGGGGCUCAUCGUCAAGGGCAGGUCGAAUCUGAACCACGAGAAGGAGGUGUUUGCCCGUGACCACGCGCCGCUGCCAUCGCUGGAGGAGGUGGUGCGCACCGUCAAACCCACGGCCCUCAUCGGCGUGGCGGCAGUGGGGGGGGCGUUCACCGAGGGCAUCCUGAGCGACAUGGCCACGUUCAACAAGCGUCCCAUCAUCCUGGCGCUCAGCAACCCCACCAGCAAGGCGGAGUGCACGGCGGAGCAGUGCUACCGCGUCACCGAGGGUCGAGGCGUGUUUGCGAGCGGCUCCCCGUUCGCGGCCGUCUCCCUGCCCAGCGGCCGCACGCUGCACCCGGGCCAGGGGAACAACGCCUACGUGUUCCCGGGGCUGGCGCUGGGCGUCAUCGCAGCACGCGUGCGGCACAUCACCGACGAGGCCUUCCUCGCCACCGCCGAGAUGAUCGCUGGGGAGGUGACAGACGCGCACCUGGCAGAGGGACGUCUCUACCCGCCGCUCAGCUCCAUCAGGGACAUCUCCUUCAAGAUCGCGGUGAAGAUUGUGGAGCAGGCGUACGCGAGCGGCAUGGCGAGCCUCUACCCAGAGCCGCAGGACAAGGAGGCGCUGGUUCGAUCCCACGUCUACAGCCCCGACUACGACUCCUUCGUCCCCGACUGCUACACGUGGCCGGCGGCCUACAGGAAGACGCAGACCGUGUGACGCGAGCGUCGGUGCCGAGAAGGGUGAUGGCCUCGGGGGCGUGGGGGGGGGGGGGGAAGUCACCUGAGGUCAUCGUCCAUGCCGUCGGGGUCACUUGAUUUCGGCCCAUCGAGCUGACUGAACUUAAACUAAACUUUUUAAAGUUUAUCAGGGAAGGAAGGCUCACUGAGCUAUAUGGUAGCUAUCGCUAAUGAUAGCUCAACGGAAGUGGCUCGUCGUCGCGUGGAAAUUCAUAAGCAGCCAAAAACUCAAACGCGUGACGUUGAUUCUUAACGUAGAGGGGAAAAGCCAGAGGAUCCGGAGAAAAAUCCACGCGACCACGGGGAGAGAGACACGCAAAUUCAAAAUAUACAGCAGGCGCCAGGGUCAGGAUCGAACCCACGACCUCCUGCAUACCAGGCGAGGUAGUUAACAUCUCGUCAUCGCGAGUUGCAGGAGACAUCCUGCAACUAGGAAGAUCACGUGAUUCGUCGUCGUCACUGUCGUCUCCCUCCCCGUCGUUUUUACUGCUUCUGUCGAAUUGUGCGGCGAUGCUGCUGCGCUGCCAGCGGUGCACAAGCACAACUAACAACACCAACUCGCCACGUUGAUCAAUAACGCUGCGUGGCCUUCAAAAAAAAAAAUAUAUAUAUAGCAGGCGACAUUGCGGGAGAAAUGACCCACAUGUGCUAUGAAGGAGGCCACAGUGUUACCAACGGACGUGUUGAGUUUUCUGUUUUUUUUCUCUUCUUAUCAGAGGUUUAUUCAGGGCGUUCAUCGACAAAUGAUUGUAAUGCAUGGGGAAUAUUUACGUCUGUCUGUCGUCCAAUCUUCCGUCCGCUACCCGGGGUAGCCUGAUGCGUCGCGGGGAAAUUGCUUGCAUCCGUGUGCGUCCGCGCGUUUCCCACCGCGUGUCUCUCUUCGUACGCUCUUAACAACCCCAACUAAACGAAGGCUCCCUUAAGCGACUGGCUUGCCAGCUUGUUCCCGUUGUGCUCUCAGUGUUUGUGUUGUUGUUAUUAUUGUUUUGAGACAAGAGAGUAGUUGGAUUUUUGGAGUGCUGCAAACCCGGUGUCCUGUGUUCGAAAUCCCCCUAUCGGCCAACACCAGCGACCAUUCGUGAGUCGUACCUGGUGCGGUGUGUAAACAUCGCCAUUGGGGAGACAAAGGCGGCAUGGCGCUGGCCACCCAUCCCCUCGUGUGUCGUGCUGGCCUUCAUAGUUGUUCGCUAACAGAACUUGCCCCAGAAUCUGUUGUGGUUAUA